AUGGAGAACAACACUACCUCUCCCCUGUAUAUCACUGAAGUUGACAACGACAGUACAACGACGGAAACGUUGCUCGCUAUCAAUCUUUACAAUGACCCAGUUAGUAUGAAAAUAUGUUUCGGAUUCAUCGGCGUUAUUGGAAUGCUCGGGAACCUGCUGGUCGUUGUUGUGUUUCUCCGUAAGGCCUACGCCAGCUCCAAUGGGCUGGGCAGCACUAAUAUAUUCAUGCUAAACCAAUCUUUGCUUGAUUUAGUCAGCUCGAUUUUAUUGAUUGCGAACUUGAUUGUGGUAAGGUAUGUGCCCGAUGGUCUGAAGGGGGACAUUUUCUGUAAGCUGUGGGUUUCGAGUAAAUAUCCCAUGUGGGCUUGCUUCUUGGGAUCGACUUUUAACCUGGUGCUUUUGACCCUUGAGCGGUAUUGCGCAAUAGUUCACCCUAUCAUCCACCACACGCGAUUUACACCGAAGAAAGCCAAGGUUAUGGUAUGCAUUGUCUGGCCGUUCUGUUUCAUCUAUGAACUACACUGGGCGAUGGUGCACGUCAACGACAACAGAGGGGGCUGUCUGCCGAUCCGUUGGAAGUACUUAUAUAUUGUCGGUACCGUUAUCUUAAUUUUCCAAUACUUGAUCCCCCUGUUUAUAAUGGUGUUCUCCUACGUCGCAAUUUUACGAGUAGUCAGGCGCCAAAGUCGAGUGAAACCAAACGAUGGGGUGAAUUUAAACAUGGAAGGCGUGGCAAGCAGUGGCAGCAACCCUCAACCAAAGCCGCUUUCGAGAACCGAGAAGAAUGUCAUCAUGACCUUGCUGAUUGUGGUAGUAAUGUACAUCAUUUGCUGGUCGCCUAACCAAAUUUACUACUUCUUUUUCAAUCUCGGUGUGAACGUCGGAGUUGAUGUGGAAAUCAAUGGCGUGUUUUUCCAGUACACGGUGGUAUCAGUGUGUUGCAACAUGUGCGUGAACCCGUUCAUCUAUGCCGCAAAAUUGAAGGACUUCAGAGACGAUGCAGCAAAGCUGCUCCGCUGUGGCUCAAGCAAGAAACCCGCCUUUGUAUCGGUUGCCUGA